AAGGAAACGGCGCUCAAAAGUGAAAGUAACAGAAGCCUUUAAGAACUGCAGGACAGACCUGAGUAGACAAGAUGGCGUCCGUUCCAGAGCAGCUUCUGGAAACAGUGGUUGAGCUGGACAAUGACAAAGAAAAGAGGCUAAAAAGAGCAGAUACGGCUGAUGAAAUGAAGCGGGAAGACACACUUGAAGCUGUAGAUGAGCUGAAGAAGUGUCGUAAAUCAGAUGAAGCUUUGAAGAUAGACCUCCAGAAUAACCAAGCUGAACAGAGGAAUGUGCAGACGAUCAGCCCUCCUCACACUGCUGUCAAUGUGGAUCUGAAAGCUGAAUCAGGUGCAACUGCAAUUUCACCAGUACUCAUUGGAAGUGUCGUCCAUGGCUCAAUAAUCAUCAACUCAAACUCAACUACUGGUGUUAUUGGACAACAAAAUCCAGCAGAGGGACCAACCUCUGAAAAACAAGAGAAUGAUGUCUUGCAAAAAAUCCUGAAAACUCUCAAAGACAACAUGAAGGCCAAAACAGGACGUGUUUUUGAGGGCAAAAAAGACAACAAAACACAUCUCAACAAAGUCUACACUGAACUCUUCAUCACUGAAGGGGACAUUACAGACGUCUAUGAUGAACAUGAAGUUCACAAGAUUGACCGAUUCUUAAAAACUCCCAAAUUUGAGGAAACACCGAUCGACUGCAAUGACAUAUUCUGUUUAUUGAGGAAAAAGGAGGAGGGAAACAUUGUGUUGACCAAAGGCAUCGCUGGCAUUGGAAAGACGUUCUCCGUGCACAAGUUCAUCCUGGACUGGGCCGAAGAAAAAGCCAAUCGGGAUGUGGACUGUAUGUUCCUGCUUCCAUUCAGAGAGAUCAACUUGAUUAAAGACGAUAAGGUCAGUUUCCAUGAGUUUUUGCUGGAAUUUUAUCCUGAAUUGAAAGACGUGGAAAACACUAAGUUUUAUAAAAAAUGCAACAUGGCAUUCAUCUUUGACGGACUUGACGAGAGUCGCCUGGAUUUGAACUUUAACUGUAAGUCAGUGAACUGUGUGAAUGAACGAUCGUCUGCUGAUGCUUUGUUUACAAGCCUUGUUAAAGGAAAGUUGCUUCCAUCGGCUCUUGUCUGGGUGACAUCACGACCUGCGGCGGCCAAUCAGAUCCCUCCGGAGUACAUAGGAUUAUUUACAGAGGUGCGCGGAUUCACCGACCAGCAGAAAGAGGAGUACUUCAGAAAAAGGAUCAAAGAUGAAGCGCAGGCCUCCAGAAUAAUUUUGCACAUUAGGACGUCUCGUAGUCUCUACAUCAUGUGCCACAUUCCCGUGUUCUGCUGGAUCACGGCCACCGUUCUUCAGGAUAUUCUCAUCAAGAACAAUGGGCAGGACAUUCCCUCGACACUCACCGAAAUGUACAUCCACUUCCUGCUGAUACAGAUGAACAUAAAGAACCAGAAGUACGAGGAGAAACUCGAAAGAGACCGCACAAAAGUCUUUAGUUUAAACAAAGACAUUAUCUCCAAGUUGGCUAAAUUGGCGUUUAAACAGCUGAAGAAGGAGAACGUCAUGUUUUAUGAGGAGGAUCUGGAAGCGUGUGACAUCAACGCAAGUGAUGAGUCCACAGGAUUGUGCGCUGAAAUCUUCAAGAAAGACUCUGUCCUGCAUGAGAUCAAGGUUUAUUACUUCAUACAUUUGAGUGUGCAGGAGUUUCUCGCCGCUUUGCACGUGUUCCUCUGCUAUUUGAAGAUGAACAUGGAGGAGCUGAAGUUCUUCCUGGAGGAUUCAUGCCCUAAGAAAGACCAAAUGCUAUACAUUUUGCUGAAAAAGGCGAUUGAUAAAGCCAAGAACAGCGAGCGAGGGCAUUUUGAUCUCUUUCUGCGUUUUCUGCUGGGCAUUUCUCUCGAGUCCAAUCAGAAACUCCUGAUUGGCUUGCUGGACCAACCGCUUGACAGUAGAAAAUGCGUCAAUAAAACCAUCCAAUACAUCAAGCAAUUGCAAAACAAUGACAAAUGCCCAGAUAAAUCCAUCAACCACUUCUUCUGCAUACUGGAACUGCAGGACAGAACCCUGUACCAACAAAUCAUGAAAUAUCUGAGGUCAGAGAGCGGCCAGCUGAGAGUGAUGUCCAACUCGAACUGCUCAGCGCUGGUCUAUGUGCUUCUGAUGUCAGAAGAGGUGCUGGAUGUCUUUGACCCGAAGACAUUCAACAACACAUAUCCCGGAUGCAGGAGACUCGUGCCAGCCGUGAGAUGCUGCAGAAAAGCCCUGUUUUCAGACUGUGGACUGACAGAAACAUGCUGUGAAACGGUGGCUUUGGCUCUCCAACUAGAAGAUGGUCCUCUGAGAGAGCUGGACCUGAGUCACAAUUACAGUAUCGAGGCAGGAGUGAAGGUGCUUUCUGCUGGACUCAAGAGCCCACACUGUCAUGUGGAGACACUGAGGUUGGCCCAGUGUCAUUUUGGCCAGGACAGUUGUAUGGAGCUGGUCUCUGCGAUCCAGACGAUCUCACAUCGUCUACAAGAGCUCGAUCUCAGCGGCAGUGACCUGCAGGACUCUGGACUCCAUCAUCUCCUAGAUGGGAUGGAAAAUACAGACAGAAAACUUCAAGUUCUGAGGAAAGUAUUUGUGUUGAGCUGGUGUAACCUCACUGAGAAGAGUUGUGAGUGUCUUUCCUCGAUUCUCAGCUCAGAUACGCCCCUGAGAGAGCUGGACCUGAGUAACAAUGACCUGCAUGAUUCAGGAGUGAAGCUGCUCUCUGAUGGACUGAAGACCUGUCAUCUGGAGAUACUGAGGUUGUCUGGCUGUAUGGUGACAGAGGAAGGCUGUGGUUUUGUGUCUUCAGCUCUGAGUUCAAACACAUCACACCUGAGAGAGCUGGAUCUGAGCUACAAUCACCCCGGAGAAUCUGGAGUCCAGAUUCUCAACAACAUACUGAAGGAUUCAAACGAUAAACUGCAGAUAUUGAAAACUGAUCCUAUGGGUGAACACUUCAUCAAACCAGGGAUAAGAAAGUAUGCCUGUGAUCUCAAGCUGGAUCCAAACACAGCUCACAUUCGGUUGUGUCUGUCUGAUGAAGACAGAAGAGCGACGUUAGUAGAACAGGUGCAGCCGUAUCCUGAUCACCCAGAAAGAUUUGAACCUGUUGAACAAGUUCUGUCUAGAGAGAGUCUGUCCGGCCGCUGUUACUGGGAGGCUGAAUGGACGGGUUCAGAAGGGACGGUCGGAGUGACGUACAAGUCCAUUCAAAGGAAAAGCGAUGAUCUUAGUUUUGUGGAGGCCAGCGGUCAGCUUGGAAACAAUGAUUUGUCAUGGAAAAUUACAUGUGGAUCCCAUCCAUAUGUUUCUCAUGCUACAGAAGACAUUAAUAUAAAGACUCCAACCUCUCACUCAUGUAAGAGAGUAGGUGUGUAUGUGGACACAACGGCUGGAGUUUUGUCCUUUUACAGUGUCUCUGACACACCCACACACUUGUACACCUUCCUCGCGUCUUUUAAAGAUACUCUAUAUGCAGCAUUUAAGGUGGAAAGCGACUCUGUUUCCUUCUGUCAGAUGUUGUAACCUGAAAGCCUCUUUAACUUAUCAUUUGUGCACAUGUAUUGCCAUCUUGUUUUGUGCUGUGCGACUGAGUAGAACAUCAAAUCGAAUUUGAUAAGAUUGUAUGCAGGUAAAUGCAAAAGUUUCACGUUUUACUGUAAUUGUUUAACAACUGAACAUUUUCAGAAAUUAUUACUGCUUUUUGGAUUUGCCUUUUUAGACAUGUAAAAGCUGACUGUUUUUUUAAUGCAUUAUUUUUAUUAUUAAAAUAUUCUCUGAGCUUGAAGUCUCA